ACCUCCUCCCCAGGUCCCAUCGUUGUGUGACUGUGAAGAGCGAUACCCUCCGCUUCACAGUAGACCAACAGGGCUCUUAAGUCGACCGCCAACCCCGUCUUUCGACACUUCACAACACAGUCAGUCGACUGUACAGACAUGGGUAACUCUACAGGAUCCACUGUGGAAGAUCUCCAGGCUGUGGAGAAGCACCUCUGGUAUAAGAAGUUCAUGACCGAGUGUCCUUCGGGUCAGCUCACCCUGCAUGAGUUCAAGCAGUUCUUUGGGCUCCGGGGACUGGAUGCUGAGGCCAACGCCUACAUCGAGCAGAUGUUCCGCACGUUCGAUAUGAACAAGGAUGGCUACAUAGACUUCUUGGAGUAUGUGGCUGCUCUGAGCCUGGUGAUGCGGGGUAAAAUGGAACAUAAGCUCCGCUGGUACUUUAAGCUGUAUGAUGUAGACGGCAACGGGUGCAUUGAUCGAAGUGAGCUGCUAAACAUCAUAAAGGCUAUCCGUGCAAUCAAUGGGAAUGAAAACCAGGAAGUUGAUGCGGAGGAGUUCACCAACCGGGUGUUUGAUAAGAUAGAUGUCAACGGAGAUGGGGAGCUGUCUUUGGAGGAGUUUGUGGCGGGGGCUCACACUGACGAAGACUUCAUGGAAGUGAUGAUGAAGACCUUGGAUCUCACCCACAUAGUCGCCAUGAUCCACAAUCGGAGGCACAGUGUUUAGAGUCUGCAGAAGGGCCACAUAGGAACUGAGCCAUGAGCCCUCUCAAAAGUUCUAGCCCAGAUUUGUAUAAAGACAAUCUUUAUCUUAGCAAUGCUGAAGGGCCGUGCUUUAAAUGCAUUCUUUGUUGUCGGAAUUCACAAGAGGUUGAAUGACGAUGAAAAAUGCCCUUUGCCUGCAUACAAAUGACUCAGUCAACCAUCGCUGGCUGGUUAGUGCCCUUGUGCAUGAUUUAAAUCUCUGAGAGGUCUACAUAAUGAGAGAAAGAUCAUCUCUCACACCGUCAGCUGAACCGGAGACCCAACUAGGUCAUAACAUAAGGAGGGUGAAGGAUAAAGAGGGUGGAGGGAGUGGUGGGGUUCUAUUAGUGGAAGUUAUAAUUCAUCUACUUUCCUCCCAGAACAGUCAGCUCAAAUAUGACUAGAACCCCAGUUUAUUUUGUGCCAUGAUUAAACGGUCCAGUUCCUCAAGAAACAGGUACUUCCACAAGUUAGGGAUCUUCAAUUUGAUACUUGUCACAAAAUGCACUUAGUAAAAAAAAUAAGACCAGCAUGUUUUAACAUUGCACUGGCCCCAGUUGUUAGGAGAUUAAAGUUAGCAUUUUUAGGACUUCAUUAAUUUGAAGGAAUAUCUUAACAGAACUACAUUCUAAUGUUUUCCCUACAAGACAGUAAAAUGUAAAAAACUAAA